UGAGUGUCUCGUGACGGGAGCUGCCGUCAGUUUUUCCCGUCUGGAGUCUGACGCAUUCCGCCAGCCAAUAAGCUCAUGUAGCACUUCAGCGCUCGAGCCCGCUGUGAGGGAGGAUUUCUUCAAAUAAAGAUGGCAGAUGUUAUCGAAGGAGACGGUACUCGCUCCGCUGCCUCUUCUGCGCUUCACUCGUCGGCUUGGAACGGCUCCGGCAUGAGUUCGGUGACGUGCGCCGGCGGGCACGCCGGGACCACGGUCGCCUCCGGGCCUCGGCUGGUCCGCAUCGUCAAGUCGGACUCGGGCUACGGUUUCAACGUCCGCGGGCAAGUGAGCGAAGGAGGGCAGCUAAGGAGCAUUAACGGCGAACUUUACGCUCCGUUGCAGCACGUAAGCGCCGUUUUACCGGGCGGCGCGGCGGACAGAGCCGGAAUCUCAAAGGGAGAUCGUAUUCUUGAAGUGAAUGGGGCGAAUGUGGAAGGAGCCACUCAUAAGCAGGUGGUAGACCUCAUCCGAGCAGGAGAAAAAGAGUUGGUCUUGGCCGUCCUGUCAGUUCCCCAGCCAGAGACGGACAGUCUUGAUCCAGGGGACGAUGGCUCAUCUCAGUCUUGCUAUGACUACAGCGACAAGCAGGCAGUGCCCAUCUCUGUGCCUACGUACAAACACAUGGAGCAAAAUGGGGAGAAGUUUGUAGUGUACAAUGUGUACAUGGCAGGCAGACAGUUGUGCUCUAAGCGCUAUCGGGAGUUUGCAAUCUUGCAUCAGAAUCUGAAGAGGGAAUAUGCAAACUUUGCAUUUCCAAAGCUGCCAGGGAAAUGGCCUUUCUCGCUGUCUGAACAACAGCUAGACGCUCGCAGACGAGGACUUGAGGAGUACUUAGAAAAAGUAUGUUCUGUUCGGGUAAUUGGGGAGAGCGACGUCAUGCAGGAAUUUUUGUCAGAGUCAGAUGAGAACUAUAAUGGUGUUUCUGAUGUGGAACUGAGGAUAGCCAUGCCAGACAAAACUACAGUUACAGUCCGUGUGCGAAAGAAUUGCACAACAGACCAGGUCUAUCAGGCUGUAGUAACAAAGAUCGGGAUGGACAGCAUUACUGCUAGUUACUUUGCUCUAUUUGAGGUCAUUAACCACUCCUUUGCACGCAAGCUGGCCCCUAAUGAGUUUCCUCAUAAGCUUUAUGUGCAGAACUACACAUCUGCCAUCCCGGGCACCUGCCUCACACUUCGCAAGUGGCUCUUUACCACAGAGGAGGAGAUUCUGCUUAACGACAACGAGCUGGCCAUCAACUAUUGCUUUCAUCAGGCUCUGGAUGAUGUAAAAAAGGGAUUUAUCAAAGUGGGGGAAAAAUCCUACCAGCUCCAAAAGCUUAAUGAACAGAGGAAAAUGACCACGUAUUUAAGUAUUCUAAGGACAUGCGAGGGCUACAAUGAAAUCACUUUCCCUCACUGCUCUUGUGACUCGCGUAGAAAAGGUCAUGUCAUCACAGCGAUAAGCAUCCGCCACUUCAAACUUCAUGCGUGCACUGAAGAUGGCACUCUAGAGAAUCAGGUUAUUGCAUUCGAAUGGUCAGAGAUGCAGAGAUGGGACACGGACGAAGAGGGAAUGGCCUUCUGUUUCGAGUACGCACGAGGGGAGAAGAAACCUCGCUGGGUCAAGAUCUUCACUCCUUACUUCAACUACAUGCACGAAUGCUUCGAGAGAGUCUUCUGUGAGCUUAAAUGGAGAAAAGAGGUUGAAGAGGAGGCCACAGACAGGGACAACAAGAACUGCAGUAAAGAUGGUAUGUGUGGUAAGAAUAUCUUCCAACUGUUGAGACGCAGAAGGGAUGGAGGCACAUGAACGAAGAGAUCAUCUCCUCUUAAAUUCUCGAAUGCACACGCACACCGUCACGCACACUCAUAGCUGCAUACAGAAGCUCAAACAGGAACCAUUUCAAACUAGUCACGUGGCAGAUACACACAAUCCUUCAAAUUCAAGGCUGUCAGAAAAUAACAUAAAACGCAGGAGAUGACACAACCACGGUACACUAAUGGAAACAGGUCAAACUAUGAAGGCUUUUAAAGACUUUAGCCAUCACAUCAUUUCAUUGGACCGGACAGAUAUGUCAGACAUUUUGGAGGUGACCGCCAGCUUGGGGCAGGUCAGGAGACUUGGGAAUAAGAAAAAAGACUGAUCUAGCUAUUCGAGGAGAUGGCUUCUGAUGGACCCUGGUCACACUUGUCAUUAACAUGGCACCAGCAUUGCAAUUGGUCCAGGUGACUAAUUCAUGUCAUGUGACUGGUCACAAGACAAGCGUUUACAGACCCGAAGAAACAAAUGAGACUGAACUGUGCUGCUUGGGGCAAUGUGGCUAAAUCAGAGAGACGGAGUAUGGUCAUUUAAGAAAUGCAGACCUCAACAGUCUAACAGAUACAUUAUCCUGACACUAACACAUGCACCUGAGAGGGUGAAGAUGCUCUCUCAGAAUGUAUCUAAAAAGGAAUUUACAAAAAAAGGAAAAACCAUUACUACAUUUUCCACUUGGACAAUCAGAGUGUGAGAGGGAAAGAGAAAUGGCCCAGAAGAAAAGAGAUCAAUACUUUCCAUGCUUUUCAACACUAAUUUGUUAUCUCACUAUUGUUGGUAUUGGGUAUGUACAGAUUAACAGCCCUUUAAGUGGGUGUUACCUUUUCUGUUCAUUUCCAAAGCAGUAUUUUAUUUUUUUAUUAGCCAUUGCUGGGCCCAAAUCAAAUUGGUUUUGAAUUUGAGGUGAAAUCUGUCAAAUUCUGCAGAAAGUGUUUUAUGAGGUAAAUCAGAUAAACUGAGCUGAUAGCACUAUGUUUUUACUAGGAGCUAAAGGGAUUAUCGAAUUAGCCAAAAUAUGUCAUAAACACGCAUGGAUAGUACCAUGGGACUUGCAGAAAAAUUACGCUUGGUGGAUUCUGUGGAAAUUUGCAGAGCUUUCUGCAGGUGUAGAUUUUGUGCCUGGCCGUUGGUCUGGAAAACCUGCCCACCAAUAGUCUGUGCACUGUGUGGGUGCUGUCUCUGCACAUAUAUGUAUGACUUGAUUUAUUAACAGUGUUGUGAAUGUGAAGCACUAAAUUGGAACGCCAGAGUUGGCUUGGAGGGUUUGAGUUCUGGGCUGUCAUGCCCUCAUCGAGCAGUAGAUGGCUCUUGACCACAAGGCAAGUCAUCUGCCUUUGCUGUCAUUUUGAAACGGUGUGUUUAUCUGUUGUUUUCCAUUUUACUUAUUGUAGCGCAGGCGCAUACAAACCUGUCACUCCAGACCAGACAUGACAUGUUUUCACUUUUUUGUUUGACGUAUGUAUGAGUUUGUUUUUUCAAACCUGACAGCAUGCCAAUUUCUUUCCUGCACUGUGGAACCUUCUGAUGAAGGUUCUGUGUCAUCAUUUUAAUUGACUUUAUUAGACAUACUGAAACUUUUUAGACUUUUCUCUAUGUCUGCGUGUUUCUCUACCCCUCUCUCAUUCUUAUCAUGCUCUCUGUCCGUUUGUGUUCUUUCUCUUUGACUGAAACUUUAAUUUAUUUAAAUUGAUAUUACACAAACUUCUCAGUGUACAGUAUUUUCAUCAGUGUGAGUUUUUGAGUAAUCUUUUCAAAUAAGGCACAAAAAGUACAUUAACAAGUCAACUCCAAGGUGUAGUAUGAACUGACAUAAGUAAUGUAGGAUACAUACUGUAAAUAAAAAACAACGGUUUGCCGGAAGGGUUUACCUUGUUUGACAUGGACAAAACAAUGUAAAAGCAUUUGGUAAUGUUUGAUCAUAGCAUUAUAAUAAAAUGUAACAUAUUCUUUUAAAUAAAUUGAUUUAUUGACUCAACCAUUGUGUCUGUGAAC